GCCGACUCCGCAACGUCACCCCGUGAGGCACUACAAUCCGUAUUCGACGGUAUAUUUAUACUUUGAACGUUACGUCAAGUACAAAGGAAUCCAACAUGCGUGAAUGUAUAUCAAUCCAUGUAGGACAGGCCGGUGUGCAAAUGGGAAAUGCAUGUUGGGAGCUGUACUGUCUAGAACAUGGUAUUUCUCCUGAUGGUCAGAUGCCAAGUGAUAAGACCAUUGGAGGCGGUGAUGAUUCCUUCAAUACUUUCUUCAGUGAGACUGGAGCUGGCAAACAUGUACCACGUGCUGUGUUUGUUGAUCUGGAACCAACGGUCAUAGAUGAAGUACGGAUGGGGACCUACCGUGAAUUAUUCCACCCAGAACAACUGAUCACUGGUAAAGAAGAUGCCGCCAACAACUACGCACGUGGCCACUACACCAUUGGGAAAGAAAUCAUUGACCUGGUAUUGGACAGAGUUCGUAAAUUAUCUGACCAGUGUACCGGUCUGCAAGGAUUUCUCAUCUUCCACAGUUUUGGUGGUGGCACUGGUUCUGGUUUUACUUCGUUGUUGAUGGAGCGUCUGUCUGUCGACUAUGGUAAGAAGUCCAAGCUGGAGUUUGCCAUCUACCCGGCCCCACAGAUCGCCACCGCUGUCGUCGAACCAUACAAUUCCAUUCUGACAACCCACACUACCUUAGAGCACUCCGACUGUGCAUUUAUGGUCGACAACGAGGCCAUCUACGACAUUUGCUGUAGAAAACUAGACAUCGAACGUCCAACCUAUACCAAUCUAAAUCGAUUGAUUGGUCAAAUCGUCUCCUCCAUCACCGCGUCUCUGCGAUUUGAUGGUGCCCUCAACGUCGACUUGACUGAGUUUCAGACCAAUCUGGUACCAUAUCCACGUAUCCAUUUCCCGUUGGCUACCUAUGCCCCAGUCAUUUCUGCGGAGAAAGCCUACCACGAGCAGAUGACUGUCUCUGACAUCACCAACGCCUGCUUCGAACCAGCCAAUCAGAUGGUGAAAUGCGAUCCACGUCAUGGUAAAUACAUGGCCUGCUGUCUGCUCUUCAGGGGGGACGUUGUUCCAAAAGAAGUCAACGUGGCUAUAGCUUCUAUAAAAACCAAACGGAGCAUCCAGUUCGUCGACUGGUGUCCCACUGGUUUCAAAGUCGGCAUAAAUUACCAAGCGCCUACUGUUGUACCAGGUGGCGACUUGGCUAAAGUACAACGUGCCGUCUGCAUGCUGAGCAACACCACAUCUAUCGCAGAAGCCUGGGCUCGUCUCGACCACAAAUUCGAUUUGAUGUACGCCAAGCGUGCCUUCGUUCACUGGUAUGUCGGUGAAGGUAUGGAGGAAGGUGAAUUCGCUGAAGCUCGUGAAGAUCUGGCAGCUUUGGAAAAAGAUUAUGAAGAAGUUGGGCAUGAUUCCAUUGAUGAUGACGCCGAAGACGAGGGAGAGGAGUAUUGAGGCGAUGACCGUGAUAGCGUUUGAGGAAUUUUAAAGCUCUUAUAUUUCAUCAAAAGUGCAGUAGCACCCAUAAAAUAUUAAAUUAACAAUAAAAAAUGAUCAUUAUAAUCGAUUACAUUGAACUAACAAAUAUAUAUGUGUAUAUGUAUGUGUACGUGUGUUCAAGUUGCUAUAGAAAAGACAUGUAUUACCCUUUGACCGCCAUAUUUGUUCCCGUCAAAAUUGAGUAAAACAAGACGCAAUUUUCAAAUAAAUUGAGUGCUAAUAUUAACCAUUUUUUGGUGAAAUGCGACAAACGUUUGUGAGAGGUAAAAUUAAGAACAGUCUGUGUUUGGCGAGGUUGUGAGGUGAUAGUAGACCACAGCAGUUCAUUAUGUGGGAGAUGUGUUUACUGUAACUUUGAACUAAAUACAAA